AUGAAAAUCGAGGAACCUUCUAAUCACCCCUCAGUUGGCGCGCCUCGACCGCACACUGGGGCAAAGGCACAGCAAAGCACUAUGACAAUGGAAGACCGAGGACGCAUCCCCGUCGGCCCGCCCAUCGCCAAUCCUCUUCACUCCUACUGGCAGCAUCCCAAAUCUCCACUCGCAGCAGUAAUCGAGCCCGAAUGUGCCAAUCCCACUCAGCCCUACGACUACGCCAUCAUCGGCUCAGGGAUAUCCGGAACGAUGAUCGCAUACAACCUGUUCAAGACCAAUCCCUCGGCGCGCAUCGUCAUGAUCGACGCACGAGAGAUCUGCUCUGGAGCGACUGGGCGAAACGGGGGACACACGAAAGCUGGCUCGUAUCGCACGUACAUGCAACACAAGAAAGAGGUGGGGAAAGACGAAGCGUUAAAAUUAACCAGGCUUGAGUAUGCGAACAUCAUUGAAACGCAUGCGUUGGCGAAAGAGCUUGGAAUCGAGUGCGAAAGCCAAGUGUGUAAUACAGUCGACGUUAUCUACGACCAGCGGACCUUCGAAGAGGGAAAGAAAGCCAUCGAGGAAUUGGAGGCCGAUGCGACUGAAGAAGAGCGGCAAACCGGGAAAAUGGCCGGUUACAGAAUCUACCAAGCCAACGACGGCAUAAAGCAGAAAUUCUGGGUAGACGACACGAACAGCAAUCCCGCAGCUGGAGAAGAGAAAGAGAAAGUAGCAGGUGCAUUCGAGUACCUCGCCGGCAAAAUUCACGCCUACCGCUUCGCAACCGGCAUCCUAAAGCAUAUCGUGCAGAACAACGCCCUUCAACUCUCGCGCACCGUCAUCCUCGCAACAAACGGCUACACACCGUACCUCCUCCCCACCCUCCAAGGCGCCAUCGUCCCUCUCCGCGGCCAAAUCAUCGCUUCAAAGCCGCCUCCCACAGCUCGACAUCCCAGCGUGCUACCGAAGACGUAUUCUUUCAUCUACGGGGACGGCUACGAGUACAUGAUCCCGCGCCAACUCCCCGACGGCGGACAACACAUCGUCAUCGGCGGCGGCCUCGGACGCCUGGCUAAUGCGGGGGCGUCCGAGUACGGUACCGUGGACGAUAGUUGUCUUAAUGAAGAGGUAUCGACGUAUCUUCACGGCACGGUGGAGGGCUACUUCGGGGCUCCUACAUCCUCGUCAUCCGCGCAGGACGCGCCCGAGUACGAGAUCGUGCAUGAGUGGACGGGCAUCAUGGGCGCAACGGCGGAUGGGCGACCGUUUGUGGGCGAGGUUCCGGGGCAGAAGGGGGUUUGGAUCAGUGCGGGGUUUAAUGGGCAUGGGAUGGUGCUGUGUUUGAAGGCUGCAGAGGCGCUGGUGGGGAUGAUGGAUGGGAAGAGCCUAGAUUGGUUCCCGGAGAGUUUUCUCAUCAGUGAAGAGAGGGUUGGUAAGGCGCGCUUUGGGGGGAGGACGGAUAUGCGGGUUCCGGAAACGGGGGAGGGCCCGGUAGGAACGGGGGAGAGUUGA